UAGUCCAUUUUGUUCCACCACCAAGUUGAAGGUUAUGUUUUGUUUCAAUAAAAAUAUGAACAUUUUUUGUCGAUAUAGGAGAUUUUUACAAUAAGUUAACUAAUUUUAAAGAAGUACACAUUCUCGUUCUUGUAGACAUUGUACACCAAGUUAAUCAGUAGAUUUUGAUAAUGGCAUCAUCAAAAGGGGACAGUGAGGAUCCUUCUAAAUAUAGAGAAAAGAAAGACAACUCUGAUGACUCUGAUGAUGAUUUAGCAUCCUCAAUUGCUGGUGCAUUGGCUGAUGAGCCGCUUAGUAGUACAGCAGCCAAGCUGGCUGCAUUGGCUAGGGGCGAUGCCGAUGUGGAAGAUGAUGAUGGUGCCGUAGAAAAGAUAAGAAAGUAUUUGGCAGAGAAACUAUCCCUCUUUGUGCCGGAUAGUGUUGAUACGCCUCCAAAACCUAAGAUUCUAGAUGAACUCACUGUCGAUGGAAUUGUAAAAUAUAUUAAAGAUGGAAAAGCAAAGAAUAUAAUUACUUUAACAGGAGCUGGUAUUUCUACAUCGGCGGGAAUCCCUGAUUUCCGAUCACCCACCACGGGCCUCUACGCCAAUCUACAAAAGUUUGACUUGCCCUAUCCUCAAGCGAUUUUCGAGCUUGAUUUUUUCAAGCGAAAUCCUGAGCCAUUCUACACUCUGGCCAGGAGCUUAUUUCCGGGAGCUUUCAAGCCCACCUACUCUCACUAUUUCAUCAAAAUGCUACAGAAGAAAAACCUCUUACUAAGGCACUAUACACAGAACAUAGAUACACUGGAAAGAGUGGCCGGGAUGGAGGAUGAUAUUAUUGUUGAAGCUCAUGGCACAUUCCACACGGCGCACUGUCUCAACUGUGACAAACUUUAUACAUUGGAGUGGCUAGAAGAAAAACUAAAGUUGGACGACGUGCCCGCUUGUAACGAGUGCAUAGGCAUCGUCAAGCCAGACAUUGUUUUCUUCGGUGAAAGUUUACCGGAGAAAUUCCACACAUGCGCACAGGUCGAUUUCAAAAAGUGCGAUCUGCUCAUAAUAAUGGGAACAUCUCUGGAAGUGCAGCCAUUCGCAUCACUAAUUGACAGGGUGACGGACAAGUGUCCUCGUAUACUGAUCAAUCGGGAGAAGGCGGGCAACAGCGAACGCCUUGUGUGGCUGCUGGGCAUGCAGUCGGGUCUGCACUUCGACAGCGAAGACAACUACAGGGACGUCUUCUGGGCGGGCGACUGUGACGACGGAUGUCUGCUGCUCGCCGACAAGCUCGGAUGGGGCGAUGAACUUAGAAAAACUGUGAAGGAAGAGCAUGAGAGGAUACAGAAAGACAUUGAAAGGAAGAAACAAGAAGAAAACUUGAAGAAAAGGAAAGGCAGAACCUCCAAGAAUGAAAAAGAAUCCGAAGGCGGGAGUUCCAAAAUGUGAUAUUGAAAAUAUCAAAUUAUUUAUGUGAAUAUAUAUAUUGAUUAUCAUUGGUUAUGGCCAAAAUUCAUUACUUGUAAAUAAAAGUAGGCUUACACUGGAUUGGUGAAGCUUUCACAUGUAUAAUAGCCUA